AUGAGAAGAGCUAUUUGUCGUCCGUAUCUCGAGGGCACCUCCUUUCCAACAGAAGAACAGCACGAGGGCUCGUCGUUCGAAUCCAAAUCCAAAUCCAAAUCCGAAUCAAACGAGCCAAUAUUGUCGCAGCUUAACUCGUCGUCCACAUCACUCUCGAACUCAAAAUCAUCAUCACUACCCAACCCAUCCAGAAACGGGUGCUCCAAAAGCAGGUCGGCCGUCAACCGGUACACGGCCUUCCUCUCGAAACAGCACCUCAGAAAAUGCCGCGCGUCCUUCGACACCUUCUUGGGAAUUUUUGGAAUUUCCGACUUCGUCCGUAUCUUUUCGAGAAUCUCCUCAUUGUCCCUCCCUUCCCACGGCACCUUCCCAGUCAGCAACCUCAGCACCACACAUCCGAGCGCCCAAAUAUCGGACACCGCCUCUUGCUCGCUGCCCAUCACGGCUUCAGGGGACAGAUACAUAGGGGUUCCCCGCCAGCGAAUAUUAUCCUCCCCUAAUUUCCUCUUCUUGCACUUGGACCAUUUUGCCCUUUUGGCCAGCCCGAAAUCUCCGAUCUUUGCCUUGAACUCGGUUUGA